GCCAUGGACAGAGCACACAGGUUAGGCCAGCGCAAGGUUGUGAAUGUCCAUCGUCUUAUCAUGCGAGGGACCUUGGAGGAGAAAGUUAUGAGCCUCCAGAAGUUCAAAGUUUCUGUAGCAAAUGCCGUCAUUAAUUCAGAUAACGCGAGCAUGAACACGAUGAAUACAGAUCAAUUACUUGACCUGUUUACUUCUGCAGAUGGCAAAAGGCCAAGCUUAAUGGCUAAAACAAAGUCGAGCGGCUCCCGGGAUUUUCGAGUUGUGAAUACAACUAAAGUGCAUCCCAGGUCAUUGUGGCAGUUGAUGAACAAAGCUGCACCUGAUGUACAAAAGUCACCAUGGAGUAGUGUAGUCGAGGCUUUCCAGGAUUUGCAAGCAGAUGAGAUGGUGUUGGGAGAUGGAGGUUAUAAGAAGAUGUAA